AUGAAUAGUCUUCUAAGUGCACAAAGGCUUGUCCAUCUAGCCCAAUUUCAUCCGAAAUUGAGGAACAUAUGGUAUCUGUUAGCCGCAGUGACAUUCAGUGUCUGCAAUCAACCGCAAGAGAUACCCAAGGUGUAUCAUUAUGCCAUGAUGCUGAAUAGUGAUGUCGAGAAGAAGGAUUUAAAUCGCCUUGCAGAGAAGACAAUUGAUCUUUUACGCAAAGAGGCUACACAGCUGCGGUCGUCGAUCGACGAAACUUAUCCUAGACCUACACCAUUCCAAAGGCAACUUACUGAAAGGUUUAGAGAGGCUUUUGUUAAGUCAGGACCACUUGGAGGACUGCCCAAGGCUAUCAAUGUUCUUACAACAUUGAAAGAAGUGACACCCACUGUUUUGAUACCGUCAACUAAGGAGCUAGAUCCAUUCCAAGCAGCCGCUGGAAACCAACCAUGUUAUUUAAAUGUCGGGAGAGCUUGCGAAAGUGCUGAGCAAACUACGAAGAGAGGCAUAGAGCAUUGGAAUCAUGUUUAUAGUAAAGUGUCGAAGAGAGUGGUCAAUAACUUAAACUCUACUUAUCCGGACCUAUGGUACUACACUCUGGCUCACGUAUAUGGGCCACUUCUCUCUUACGAUGAGAUCCUUUCGGCACAAGAAACCAGUUUAAUAAUCAUUGCCUCGCUUGUACCUCAGGACGUGAACCCUCAGCUUCGCGGACACCUUAAAGGUGCAGUCAACAUGGGUUGCGAUCAGGAAACUGUUGAGGCAGCUAGAAAUCUGGCAGUAAUUGUGUCCCAAUGGUGUGGUGUAUCCUGGAAAUCAGGGGUCGUUAAGUUAUGA